AAAUAUUCAGCAGAACACACGAGUCCGCGGGAUGGGGCCGAUGGAAAAUGGCGAGUCUGUGUAAACGUCAACAAUGUAUUAUCAGAGGACAUGGUUUUCGUCAGGAACUUGACUCGUGGCGGCAUAAGCUUAUUCGAUGUGUAGGCUUUACCAGAUGAUGUUACUAAGGCUGCAUUCAUAUAAUCCAAUAAGACCUUCCAAGCUUCUCAGAUUCCCUCAUCUCUCCAUUUGCACAGGAGAUUAUGCAGCGAAUGAUUCAAAGGCUUGCCAUGGAAUAUACCUCAAAAACUUGUUCAGCUCAGGAUAUUCCCCCUUCCCAAUCAGUACAUAACGGAACCAAGUACCAAAGCCUGCCAAAAGCACCCCUGCUAGACCCUUCUGACAACACAACCAGCUGCCUCUUUGGUUACACAGACUCUGGAACCAUUAUUGCUCCCUCAUCACAAAACCCUGUCCUCUGCAAAUUUUUAAUGGCUGACCAGGAUUCUCCACUGGACCUCACUGUUAAGAAGACUUGUGUUGAGACCAGUAACCAAGAUGGAGUCCUGGAUCUCUCCACAAAGAAAAAACAAAGCAGAAUCCCUCUCAAGCCCUCUCAUGACUUUUCUGCUAUACCUGUAGUCAAAAGGCCACCUGUGAACACUGAUCGAAAUGACCAAGAAAUUGAUGAUAAGGAUGGAUUGCAAGAUGGUUUAUGGGACACCCAUACUUGCUCUGCCCCUUUUAAGCCUCUACUUGCCAAAUCACUUCUUAUAAAGGAGGAGCUCCUAAGUCAGAAGCAUCGCUUUCUUGGACAGCCAUCACCUAUUUCUUUGACCAGCUUAGAGACGGUAGGUUUACUCAGUUCCAGUCAAACACACCCUCUCCUGUCUCCUGAUGGCUUCUGGGAGAAACCACAACUAGAUGGUGUACUGGAGUGUACAUCAGCCAGCAGCCAUCUUAGUAAUCUAAAGAACCAUCCGCUUGUCUUAGAAAAUCAUGGAACCUUUAACAAAGGUACCAGUGCCUGCCUUAGCAAGUCCUUUGAUAUAUUUACCAUUACAUCAAAGAAAGAUACAAGAAACUCCCCUUCAGUUGACUUAAAAAUUCCACAAGUAAAGGGUAUGGAUCUCUCCUGGAAUUCCAAUGGGAACAUUUCUGAGAUGUAUAAUUACAGCUCUGUUACUAUGGGCUGUUUGCAGACAGAUAAUUCUAUUAACAGGAGGCUUAGGGCCAUUUUGCCCAAAAGGAGUAGUAGAGAUGGCUUGGGAAGCCUCUUUGAUGGUGGUGGGGUGAGUGAGUAUUUAGGCACUGAUGCUGACCAAUCGACAUCUGGACCUCAGUAUCCAACCUCAGAUCCUGAAGCAGAUCCAACAGUCUCCAAGCAGCCACGCAAAAAAAGGGGCAGGUAUCGACGGUAUAAUAGUGAGAUCCUUGAAGAGGCUAUUGGUGUGGUGAUGAGUGGGAAAAUGAGUGUUUCAAAGGCACAGAACAUUUAUGGUAUUCCUCAUAGUACCCUAGAGUACAAGGUGAAAGAGAGGAUGGGCACACUGAAGAACCCACCAAAAAAGAAGCUUAAAAUGAUUAUGAGGAUUGAUAGGCAAGACUCAAUUACUGCAGAAACUGAAACUAUAUCAGCACCAACUGCCACAUCCAGCACAGUGCAAAAGGAUGUAUUGUAGGUGCUAAAAAAAGAAAGAAAGUAAAUAAACAAUGUUUGAACAAAAUUAAAUAUUAUUGGCAAAAGGACAGGGCUUUAACUGUGCCAAUUUGCUGUGCUGUAUCUGGGUGAGCACAACUAUAAGCAUCCAGUAGAAUGGGUGAAGAACAAUAUUACAGUGGUCACUCCAAGCAAUUCUUAGAGUUUUUUUUUUUUAAUCUCACAAAAAGUAACGAUUAUUAAAGCCAUGAGGGAAGCAAAACCAGAUAUUUUGUAAAAGAAAAGAAGGAUCAUUGUGAAGUAUAAGUCAGAGUUGCCCUAUAUUCUGCUAUCUCCUAUAACCAGUUACAUGCAAUUAAAAAAAUGACGUUUUGGGAGUCAUAAAAUGUCCAAGGAAUGACACAUAGAAAUCCAAUUUAAGAAUGAAUAGUUUUCCCUCUUGUACCAAAAUUACCUCUCUCAUACUACAGGUUUGUAAUAUACUUUGGUAAUUAAAGUCUGUAGUGCUUUAUUUGGUAUUUGAUGCUAGUGUUGUGUGUAUGUCUGUCUGUUAAUUUAUAUAAUUCUAUUUUCCAUUUGUAGUCGGUUACAUAAAAAAAGUUAGCUAUGUUGCUUGAGGAUAUUGCUUUAGGAAAAUAGUAAUUCAGGGAUGUAUUUGAGCAUUUAAAGUAUUUGAUUACAUUUUUAUUUACAUAUUUCUGCUUUCUUUUGCACUGUAUUUUCAGUCUGGGAGUUGGACUUACCAGAUACCGAUGAUUCUUGUGAUAAUUUGGUGACAUGAUUACCUCAGCGUUAUUUGCAUUGCGCACUUGGCAGUCUGUGUGGCUCACUUCGUGAUACUAAAGAAGUGUCCUCCAGUAAAAGCCUUUUUUGUGGGGUGGGGGUGGGUCAUUUGAAAGACCAAUGCUGGCAUUAAUCACACUAAACGGGUAUGUACGCAUUCCUCCAAAAAUAGUCGAAUGACAAGUCCACUUCUGUGUUGUCUUUGCUAUACACUGAAGACAUUUUCAUUUCCUAUUAUUUACAUCUAGAUACAUUGUGGAACAUAUAACUUACAUGUGGUCUGACUGUCUACUUUUGGUUGAGCCCAAGAUUUCACCUAUGAAGACUAAAGUAAAAGUGUUUUUAAUUUAAAUUGCUAAAAUACUGUCUGUUCCUACACUUUUGCUUGCCGACAGAUUGUGUGGUCUGGCACAAAAGGUGCCAUGUUUAAACACAUCUAGAUGUAAGUUUAAGGAAGUACUGAUCUAUUGUUUCAUAUUCAUCUUUUGAUUACAUAUGUAUUCAGUGUAUAGCAAAAAACUAAAAGAAAAUUGUCUUGUCAAUCCAGUACUUUAGGAGGGGACUGUAGUUGUUACUGACAUUUUCACUGAUAUUGCUGUUGCUUCUAAAGGUGUGCAGUAGGGAGUAAGGGUGUGCAUAGAAAGGAGUGUAAGUAAAGUUUAAGUUUAAACUGUACUAAUAAGAAUAAGACAAAGCCCAUGACUGUAUGCUAUUUUUCACUGAAUCCCAAGGUAACUGAAACAAAUAAGUAUAUCAGUAAUCAAAAAUUGAAUGAUUGUAUAUUUAAAAUAAAGGAAAAACAAGCAGCACUGUAUGCUGGUAAUAGGACUGUAUGUAAUUUAUCUAUCAGGCCUAGCUAAGCUAUUAACGUUAAAUACUGACAAGGGAAAUAGACCAUAAGGAUUAUUUGACAGUUUGGCAGGAAACCUCUGAGAAUAGCACUUUUUGUAAAUAACAUUUGGAAGCAUGUGAUUAUAGCAUUGGUUGCAGUAGCAGGUUAGUUAAUGGUAUGUAAAGUCAGAGGGUGGAACAUGAGUGUCUUAUAAUAACCAAAUUACUGCAGCUCUGACCCAAACUAAUUUACCCUUUUAAUGUACACUGGUUGACAACUUGAAUUAGUGUGUAUUGUAUUUGUAGACUUAGUUUUAUGGGGAAAAAUUCUGCAACAUCAGUUAUAUAAGAGCUUUUUGUUCUACCUUUGCAUUUUUCCUGGUGUUCAACCAGUCUGACAUAAUUGUUGUCUGAAAAUCACUUUGCUAAAUGUAGGUUUUUAUGUAUUACUUGCUUUCAUUUAUUUAUUUAUUCAGAUUAAUUCUGGAAUCAAAUGGCAUGAGCCCAGGUUGAAAUGUAAAAUGAACCUCAUUUUUAGCCAUCAAAUCUGCAUGUGUUGCAUGCCAUUUUGAUGUAUUUUUUAUUUAAUGCUUUAGGUUUAUUCCUCCUGUCCUCCAGCAACCUCCUCCUAUAGGCUACUUGUCAAGCUUUCUUAUGUUACAUGCAUAUGAAUGUAAUAGAACUUUAAAAUGAUUUGUAAAAGAUGACACCAUUUAGGAUUAAAAAUAAUUUACUCUUGCAUAUUUAACACAGUACAGCUGUAGCCUUCACCAUUGUUUAUCUCAGGAUAAAUGGAACUGAAGGGGCUGCAAUAUUUGUCAGUCAUAGGAUGACAGACUUCUCUGUAUUAGUAGUGUGUAGAUAUUCCAGUACUGACAUAUGGCUGUCCUUGUGCAACUACUAUACCUCAGCCUUGGAAAACACAUUCAUGUGUGUGGAUCUUUCUCAUUUGGCAUUGCCUGAAGAGGGCACAUUUGACUUGUAUGACAGACCAGAACUUUCAUCCAAGUUACAUGCUUUCAGGUAAAAACAAAAAGUAGAGACUAUUACGUAAAAUACUAUGUAAUGGAUAUUUAUGUAUAUUACUGUGUUAGAAUAGACACAUCAGGGGUUGUUUUUGUUUGUUUUGUUUGUUUUGUUUUUCCAAAAUAUAAAUCAUAGUUUAAUCAUUAACAUUUAUAUGUAUUGCCUACAAUUCAGGAAAGGAGUUUCAAAUGGAUACAUGGAAACUGGAAAUGUUAACCAUUUCAUUGUAGAUAGUGUACAGUAUAUGUUUAUAUGGUUGAUUCAGUGAUUCUUUUUGCAUAUCUAAAAAUAUUCUAAAAAAUCUCUUACCUCACUUUCUAUAGCAUGUACCAUUUUGCUGUAAACAUCUCAGAUUGUCAUUUUUCUAUUGAGUUUUGCUCUGUAUUGCAUAUCUAGUUACCUCAGGUCAGACCUCUCCAGAGCUGCUAAUUGUACAAAUCAGGACUUGUACAUUGUGUUUCUGAAACAGUUGUGUUGUAUUUCUAAUACAAUAUUGGAUACUGUUUUAUGGAAGUGUUUUAUACAUUUUUUUUGUCAUGUUCCUUUAGUGUAGUGUAAAAUGUCUUUUUAAUACCUACUUGACGAAAACCAGGUCUUUUUAAUGCAACUUUAAUGUUCUGACAUUAGUGCACACAGUUACACAUUACCAUAUGGAGGUACAAUUCAUACUGUACCGCAGGGUUGCACAGACUGGUCAACUAGUGCAUUCAUCAGUUGCUGCUGUGGGGAUGUCUGUUGAACUAGUUAAGUGACUUGAGUGUUACAUGAGUCCAUUUUAUGAAUUAAUAGUGUAAUGUAUUUGAUUUUUUAUUUGUAUUUGACUAUUUACUAUUUAUUUUGCACAUUUUGUGCACCCGUUUACUUGCUUAUGUUUACUUAUGCAGUGUAGCUUAAAACAGUGAAUCUGGAAAUAUACAUUGUAGUCUGUGUGUUAUUGUUAACUGAAGUGCAGUUUGACAAAUUCUUUGCUACACAAAAUAAAACAGCCUAAAAUAGUCAACUAGAACUGGAUGAGUAGUAACAAUUUUUAUUGGUUCAACCCUUAUUGUACAAACAUACUUAAAGACACGCAAAUAAAAGCACAUAUGGACACUACCUAUAGGGAAUUUAAAUUGCUCAAAGCUGAUUGACAUAUCCCUGAGUGAAUAUAUAUUGUUAUUCCACUUUGAUAUUUAUUCAAAACUGCCACUGUUAAUCCCUUGAGUUUGUUCAUUUCCAAUAUUAUUCAAGAUGGCAAAUCUGCAAAAGGGUAGACACAUUUUUAAGCUUUGUUGUUAAAACUAUAUAUAAGUAGAAACUGUGUUUUUUUUUGUUUGUUUUUUAAUAAUACACAUAUUGUUUAUGAUUACAGGAUAGAUGCCAGAUCACUUUGGAACUAUUUUCAUUUGGGGCUAACAAUGAAUGAUGCAGUUAUUUACUGUUUAAUAUUUUAAUUUUAUUAACCAGAGUUUGUUAGAUUUUAUUAAACCUCUAAGAUUUAGAGUUACAGAUUUACAGUUUGGAAUUGCUGACGUUUGGAAUUUCUGACAAUUAAUAAGAAAAGGGGCUACUGAGACUGAGUCUGUGUUGAUUAAAAUUCACUUAUUUAUCAACUGUUCAUGGUAGUAGGAUGAUACAUGCAAGUUUACUCUAAUUUUAAGGUCAAAGAAUGGAGAUUGAUUCAAUUAAAAAACAUAUAUAUGAGAUUUCUUUUUUAAAAUUUUAAAAUUUAAAAUUAAAUAAAAAUAUAAAAUCGUUAAACUAAUGCUUUACUACUUUUAUAAGCACUGGCAGAACUUGUUAUCAGCUUUGGUUAUAGUGGCAAAUUUGCACAAAUUUAGGCUGAAAAUCUUACAUCUUCCACUAUUUCAUCAGAAACAUACUUUCAGGCAAUUUACAAUGCCUUACCUUAUAUGAAUCUAUAAUUUAACUUAUUUGCUUGUUGAUAUGGAUUUACAUAUUAACAGCAUGUUCUAUAAUAAAAAUGGAAAAAUAAGCUUUCUUUAAUUUCUCCGUGGGAUCAGUAAAGUGAUAUUAAAUUUUACAAUAUUACAACAAUACUUUUGUCUUUAUGGAUAACUCAGGAUACAUUAAUGAUUAAUAGUGUUAGCUGAAUAAACAGCAGGGUUCCUAACAGAAUAAAGCUAUAAUUCAGCUUGUAGUUUGUGAUCAGAGCAUUGCAGUUUUAUAUUUAGCAAAUUGCAUUGAAGUUGCAAAAGAACUUGCAUGUAUAUUCCUAAUACCUUGCCAUAUGUUACAAUUAACUAUUUUAUUAUUAGCAGCAAUAUUUAACAGUAAAGUAGUUAGUUAGCUCUAGGAUUACUGUUUUUUUUUUUUUUGUUGUUUUUUUUAUACAAAUGACAGACUUAGAAAUGUAUGUAAACUCAUGGGAAUGACAACUGACAGUGAAAAAUAAAGCUUUUCUCAUGUAAACUCAAUGCAAAAUAGUACUGACAGAUAGUCCUCUUUGAUAUUUUUUCUUUUUAUUAUAUAUUAUAAACACCUCUUAAUGUCUAGAUUCUUGUGAAUCUGAUCAUUUCUCUUAAAUCAAACAGCAUUUGACUGGGUAGUGAAUUCUCCAGUCUUGCAAUCCAGUUGACUAUAUGAUAAUUAUUCUCUGCUACCUCAGCUGUACAAUGGUUUUAACAUUUACAAUUGUUAAAAGUUUAGAUCAGCUACUGGCUGCGGAAUUAAAUUGAAUAGAAAUUGAAUGGGUCACUGUUUAUUAACAGAAACUGUAGCUCAUUAGGUAGAGAGACACAAUAAAAAUAAAUUUUGAGGUUUUUCUUUUAAAAGUCUGAGAGGUAGAUGAGUGUCACAUUUAAGUGUCUUGACAGGCUUCACAUCUUAAGACUGCAUUUUGUAGCCUCAGACUUUGGUUCUUGAAUGACAGCAGUGAAGCCCAGUGUGGUCUUCUCCUGUUGUAGCCCAUCCACCUCAAGGUUUGAUUUGAUGUGCAUUUUUAGAUUUUUUUCUGCUCUCCAUAGUGUGUGAAAUAUUAAGAGGAAGAAGAAGAAACCUUUGUUAUUUAAAAUUUCAGGAGAUAAGCAGUUACUUAAAUACUCAAACCAGCCUACCUGUCACCAACAACAAUGUCAUGGUCAAAGUCACUGAGAUCACAUUUUCCAACAUAUUCUGUAUGUGCAUGAUUAUAGCAAAAAUGAGCAGGUGUACAGGUGCUUCUAAAAAUGUAAAAUGUCUAUAAAAUGUUCAGUGAGUGUAUACUCAAACAUAGUGAUAGUGUAAGGGGGGUUUAUGGAGUGGGUAAUAUCUGUGCAUUUCAGAUAGUGAAAAGUCAGAAGUAGUUUAGAGUAUUUAGAGUAUUUUUCUGUGGUUGGGGUGGGAAUUUUGCUGAGAUCUUUUGAUCAGUGGGAUUUUGCUGAGUUAUGCCUGCAAAACUCUCAAACUCUUGACUCUCUCAAAUUUUUGGUUUCAUUCUGCAGGAUUCCAGUCCACACCUGCUGUGUAGUGAUAAGUGAUGCUUAUCAUGUUCAUGAUGUAUGUAUGUAUGUACUUUUCAAAGUACAGGUUUUAACAGGCCAUAGUUUUCAUUUCAGUGUAUAGUAGACCAUUUUAGCAUGCAUUGUUAUUCUCAACCCACUUCCUUGUGUGUUUCCUGCAGCAUUUAUUUAUUUAAUUUUCUUUGCACUAUUGUCCCACAGAAUUAAACAAACAAUAUAUACACAUAUAUUAUGUUAACGGAUUGUCCCAUCUUUUCACUCUUGGUGGCGUGUGCUAAUUCAUCGUUCCAUAUUCAGUGUUAUCAAAACUUAAUGUAAGGAAACACCUUCAUAUGCUUAUUUUGUUUAUGCAUAAUAGAAAUCAUCCUAAAUAAUAAAUAUUGAUGCACAACAUCAGGAAAGGGCUGCAUCUCUUUCUUAUUUGAUUCAGGGAAUAAAGGUUUUAAACACAGUUAGAACUCAGUGUGCUCUGAUAUCCCUUUUUUGUAUUAAGGUCAGAUUGAGUUUAAGGAAAGAAACCAGGUGAAGCCCCUUAUAUAUAUACUGCCAGUAGCAAACGGAGGAGUUCUUUAUAAUAAUAUAAUGAUAUAUAGAGUGAAAAACUUAACUGUUUGCAUGUAAAUAGUACCAUGUUUUUGUCUGCUUAAAAAAAGCAGAAUUUCUAAUGCAUAAUAUUUGAAAAGUAUUUACAGAUGGUACUUUAGUUCUUUUGUAACAAUAAAUAAGUACUUUUUAUUACUAUUAUUGCUAGUAUUUUGCAUGGUACAUACAGUAAGUGUACACCUUUUAAUAAAUGAAUAGUCUGAUGGGUGCAACAGUUGUAAAAUAUUGCUGUAAGCCUGGAAUGUUGCUUCAACAUCAGUGGACCUAAGAUGUCACCUGCUGCAUUUAUUUUCUCUAAAACUGCUUUAUACUUACAGUUGUGGAUAUGGUUGUUUGUCAUUUUGCAUAUAAAAAUUUAAUUUAACAAAAUCAUGACCACAAACCCCUCAGGGACAAACAUCAAAGUGAUAUGGCCUGCCAGUCAAUAUUACUUAACAAAUAAGUAAAUAUUUUUAAACAAAUAAAAAUGGUACAUGUGUCCUUUUUCAAAAGUGUUUUUGCCAGUCAUUUAGCUGCAUUUAAAGUCCAGUAUAAACACUCUGUCACAUGCUGUACUAAUAAAAUAGAAGCAAACUAAUCUAAGUGAUUCAUCUUCUCCAAGCACUAAUUUUAAAUGCAUACCAUAAUUGUGCAAGUGUAGUUUUUGUAAGUUCAAGUGUUUCAGUUUAGGAAACUAAACAAAAUAAAGCUAAUAGUUUAACUUGCAACAAUAUGGUUGUACAUUUUAGUGUUCACCAUAUACCUCAGAAACCUUUAUGAUUAUUGCUUAUCUAGCUAGCUAGCUGAGAAUAUACAGCUCUGGAAAAAAAUAAGAGACCACUGCAAAAUAAUCAGUUUAUUAUGUUUUUUGUUUGUUUGUUUGUUUGUUUUACAGGUGCAUGUUUUGGUGAGAUGAACAGUUUUGUUUCAUUUUUUUGUGAACUGCUGACAAUAUUUCUCCUAAAUUCAAAAUAUAACUAUUGUUAUUUAGAGUGUAUAUUUAAAGGAAAUGACAACACAUCAAAAUAACCCAAGAUCAUGCAGUAUUCGCAGAGCUUUAAUAACUCAAAUAAAACAAAAUGCAAAUAAUUUGUAAACAAAUUGUGUUAAUGCUUUGGCUAAAUAUCAUUCAGAAAUCAGUAUUUGGUGGAAUAACCCCGAUUUGCAUGCGUUUUGGGUCCAUGAUCUCCACCAGUUUUUCACAUUGCUGUUGGGGAACUUUAUACCACUCUUUUUGCAAAAAAGCAAACAGCUCAGCUUUGCUUGAUGGUUUGUGACCAUCCAUCUUCCUCUUGAUGACAUUCCGGAGGUUUUCAAUAGAGUUCAAAUCUGGAGAUUGGGCAGUGGUCUCUUAUAUUUUCCAGAGCUGUAGUUAUGGGGACACGAUUUACACCGUCAACUCAAGCCUCAGACAUAAAUUUUACAUAAAUUUUAUGGUCAAAAGGGACCUCAUUUCCAGAUUUAUUGUAUGUACACUGUAUUAAUAUUUAUUUUCUUUUUUUUUUUUAAUUUAUGCACAAUAACUUUAUUUUAUUUCUUUUUUAAUAUAUCAGUUCAGCUUUAUUUCUAAGCCAUCACUGAUGUCUGUUGUCUGGGCACUUAAAAGGAAUACAAUUAUUGUGUUUUCGUUUUGAAUGUAUAUUGACUACAAUUGCUGUAGAUUCUAUUAUGAUUUUUAAAACUUUUGUUAUUAACUGUCCAUCGGCAUGUGUAGUUAUGAGUUUUGUGGAGUUUUAAUAAGUUCAUAUUUUUAUCAAUUUGCAUCUUAAUUUGCAUUUACCAUUCCCUGAAAGCUACAACCUUCUUUUGUUCUAAUAAAUUUUGGUGUGCAAACA